AGAAGGGGGAUAACAAUUCACAACACGUUUUCUACUUUCAUUUUCCUGAUUUGAAAUGGAAGAAACAAGAACAUUGCUAUAUUCCGAGUUUAAACAGACUUUGUCAUCUUUGAAUAUAACAGUCUUUGACAACAGAUUCAAAAGGACAAAUAAAGAAUCAGUAGAAGUAGAUGUGGAAAAGGCUACAGUAACAGUUUUUGAUGAUGACACUGAGACAAAGUUUAUAUUAUCUGAUGUUGAAUUGUGUCCCUUAUCUUGCAGAGGAUUAAAGUUAUCUCCCUUUAGCGAACUGAAUUUUACAAUGCAGAUUAAUUCUUCCAGUUGGAAGACAAUUAAACCACACAAGUUUGAAUCUAAACAAUCAUGCCAGGGAGAAAUGGUAGACAAAAUACAACUUUAUCAAGAUAAAUGCUUUUGUGCAAAAUGUGACCAGAAAAUUUUAAGGAAUCACUGCUUUUACAAGAGAGUCCUGCCAUUACCCUCAGAAAAUUGGUCUUCCAGUGUUGACAUGUGGUUUUGCCAUAAGCAUGAAAAUGAUGAUACAGAUUAUAAAUCAAUAUCACUUAUACCAAAGUCAAGAGAGUGUUUUGUUGGUACUUCAUAUUUACUAGUCAGAUCAACACACCUCCAUGUCAGAGACAGUCACAAUGGCACAGUUACAUGCCCAAGAUGUCAUGUAGAGAUUGGUGCUAAAUUUGUUGAUAGAAAUAAAUCAAAUGAAAUGAAUGGCUAUGCAGAAAACCCUGUAUACAAAAUAUUUAGUGAAAGUGUUAUAUUUCACAGAGAUGACAAUUUAUGUUGGAAUGAAAGCCCAGUUCAAAAUAAAGAAGCCUUUUUUGCAAAGAUGAUCAAUGAACAAAGUCACACAUACACCAGCUUUAGAUUGAUCUUGAGUGGAGAAAAAGAUAAAAAAAAGAUCCAGUGUUUAGUAUGUAUCAAUUGA